CGCUUCAACAAAUGCAGAAAAGGGAGAAAAGUUUCGGUAUACAAAUGCUCUCCGUCCAGCCGGACACCAAGCCAAAAGGCUGUGCCGGCUGCAACCGGAAGAUCAAGGACCGCUACCUGCUGAAGGCCCUGGAUAAGUACUGGCACGAGGACUGCCUCAAGUGUGCCUGCUGUGACUGCCGGCUGGGCGAGGUGGGCUCCACGCUCUACACCAAAGCCAACCUCAUCCUGUGCCGGAGAGACUACCUACGGUUGUUUGGUGUAACGGGGAACUGUGCGGCCUGCAGCAAGCUAAUUCCAGCCUUCGAGAUGGUCAUGAGGGCCAAGGAGAACGUCUACCACCUGGACUGUUUCGCAUGCCAGCUCUGCAAUCAGAGGUUUUGUGUGGGAGACAAGUUUUUCCUGAAGAACAACAUGAUCCUGUGCCAGACGGACUACGAGGAGGGGCUGAUGAAGGAGGGCUACGCCCCCCAGGUCCGCUGACCCCCGCAAGACAAGGAGGAGGAAGAGGAGGAAGAGGAGGAGGAAGAGGAGGAGUAGGAGUGGGAGAAAGAGAGACUGAA